AUGAGAAACCCGUCAGCUUCAAAAACAGCAGCAGGAACAUCAGCAAAGAUUACGGCAUGUUGCAGUAAAGUAGGGCUGAAGAGAGGACCAUGGACACCAGAAGAAGAUGAACUCCUAGCAAACUAUAUAAACAAAGAAGGCGAAGGAAGAUGGCGUACCUUACCUAAAAAAGCUGGGCUUCUUCGUUGUGGCAAAAGCUGUCGUCUUCGUUGGAUGAAUUACCUUCGUCCUUGUGUCAAACGUGGUCAGAUCGCUCCUGAUGAAGAAGAUCUCAUUCUUCGCCUUCAUCGCCUUCUGGGCAACAGGUGGUCACUGAUAGCUGGGAGAAUUCCAGGGCGUACAGACAAUGAGAUCAAGAAUUACUGGAACACUCACCUUAGCAAGAAGCUGAUAAGCCAAGGAAUUGAUCCAAGAACGCACAAGGCACUCAGCCUUCAAUCUGUUGAUCAGCACAAAGCUUCUUCAUCAAAACCAUGUACUACUAUUGUUCGCAAAUCAUCAAGCCCUAAGCGUAAAAGUAAUAAUAAUCCUGCCUCCUCUUCUUCUGCUCUGGAAGAAACUACAAGUGCAAGUGGUCAAAUGAUCAUCAGCAACAAAGAAAAUCUAUACUAUGGAAACACUUCCUUUGAUCAAUAUCACACUACUGCUACUACUACUACUACUUGUGCCAAUGAUAAUGCUUAUUAUGCUAGCCAUGGAUUUACAAGCUUAUUGAGAAGUAUUGAUGAAGGUUCUAGAAUGCAUUUGGGAAGCAACAUUCAAGGGCUUAGCAAUGAAGAAGCUGAUGAAGAUAUCAAUUACUGUAACAAUGAUUAUUGCACUGAUGAUGUCUUUUCUUCAUUUAUUGAUUCACUCAUCAAUGAAGAAGCUUUCACUAGUCAACAACAUCAGAUGCAACAACAGCAGCAGGCCAUUUACGGGAUUGUUCCUAGUUCUGAUCCUUUGGUUUCAAUUAAUGCCUCAGCACUUGGCCUUGCUACUGGCUGGGAAUCAGCUGCUCUCAUGUCCUCCACUUUCAACCAAAAUGGUCCGAGCCAAAAGGAUUAGUGACCAUCUUGAGCAAUCCAAAUAUAUCCAAACUAAGCACCUGCAUUUGCACAGGGGCAUGGAAUUGAAAAUUUCAGCUGUUUUAUUAGUUAGCAGAGAAUGCUAGAGGGAUUGUUUAUUAUUUUAUGUAUGCUAUAUCUAUAUCUGUAUUUCACUUCAUCAGUUUUCAUCUUCUAAUUGUUUCAAUUCCUGUGGUGUAAGUUUGUAUUUGCUGCUCUAAGCGCAUAUUAUUUGCAGAACAAUGUACAAUGCAGACUUUGGUGUGAAUAUGUAAUCAUUUGUGUCAUUACAUUAUCAAUUUUUAUCUAUGCUUGGGAUUCA